GGAACACACACGCUUGCAAGGAAAUACAAGAGAACCGAAGGAAGCGCCCGCAGUCAGUGUGACCUUCAGGAGCCGAGGCCGCCAUUUUCUCGUAGACCAAAUCGAGUAUCACUUCAUGCGGGUGACCUCACCAAAAUGGUGCCCGCAGGACGGACAUUUCUUCACGUCUUGGAACGCAAACAUCGACACAAGAGCUGUGGUAUAUACUGUACAGAGCAAGAUGGCGGUGCAGGCUGUACACAUCGAGGGAGACGCGUUCUUGGUUUGUGUGGCUCAUUCGCUGAGCACGGAGCGAGAGGAGGUCAUGGGCCUGUGUAUAGGGGAGGUUGAUACCCAGAGAGUUGUUCACAUUCACUCAGUCAUCAUCUUACGGCGGUCAGACAAGAGGAAGGAUCGAGUGGAGAUUUCACCUGAACAGCUAUCGGCUGCUACUAUAGAAGCUGAUAGAUUGUCUGAGAUUACUGGACGUCCUAUGAGGGUUGUUGGCUGGUAUCAUUCUCACCCACAUAUCACGGUGUGGCCGUCCCAUGUUGAUGUCCGCACCCAGGCAAUGUAUCAGAUGAUGGAUGUCGGAUUUGUGGGAUUAAUUUUUUCCUGCUUUAUAGAGGACAAAAAUACAAAGACGGGUCGUAUUCUCUACACUUGUUUUCAGUCAGUCCAGGCACAGAAGAGCAAUGAAUAUGAAAGAAUAGAAAUCCCACUCCAUGUUGUUCCCCAUGACACAAUCAGGAAAGUUUGCCUGGAGUCAGCUGUAGAACUGCCCAAAAUUCUGUGCCAGGAAGAGCAGGAUGCAUACCGCAGAAUACACAGUCUUGCACAUCUUGAUUCCGUUACCAAGAUUCAUAAUGGUUCAGUUUUCACUAAGAAUUUAUGUGGUCAAAUGUCUGCAGUCAGCGGACCCCUCCUACAAUGGCUUGAAGAUCGUCUACAACAGAAUCACCAGCGUGCCCAGGAGCUAGAACAAGAAAAGGAGAGACUUAUGCAGGAACUAGAAAGCCUGGAAUGAUUAUUUUGCUGACUUUGGACAUUCUUGGUCUUGCAGUUGUCCCAACAGCCAUGGAAUGGUAACCACUGAAUAGAGAACUUCAGGUGUUGAUUCUAAGAAUCUAAAAUGCAUCCGAAAAAACUGUAUAAAAGCUCCCAUGGAUUCUAAAUUCAGGUUUAUGGAAGUAACAAAGAUAACGCAAAGCAUAUUUAUUAUUUGUCAUUUUAUUCUCAAGAAAACUUUUUGUUAAAGAGUACCUGUCAUCAAGUAUAACUUUCGAUAUGUGAUUCCUUAUGUAAAGUUAUACCUCUUUGCCAUAUAUCUUCUUUAAAAAAAAAAGUAAAAUUUCCUUCAAUUUUUUUUACCUUUUAAAAAUGGCCACUAGGGGUCUCUGUUCUAUAGCAUUCAGCAGGCCCCACAUAGCCUUCGGACUUGUGCCGGACUGGCCGAAGUCCAAAUUCCGGAAGUGCAGGUGAGGCGGGACAUGAGCGCGGCUCUGCAGAUCUCUCGCUCCCUGCGCGCACAGGGCUCUCAGAACACACGGCAGGCAGCACUGCUCAGAUCUCCCUUCUAUCUUUAUGCCUCGCACACAUAACCGAGAGGAGGGGACUCAGUCUGCCUGCCGUGAUUGGCUCUCUGUUCUAUGCGCAUUCCCGAGCGCAGCAUAGAACAGUGAAGGGCGGAAGCGUUACUCGGCAGGCUUCAGGUGACGUCACGGCUGCCGGGUAAUGCCCCCCUGCAGCCGAAAAGCUCACAGGCAGUGAGCAGGCUUUAGAAGCAUAUAACUAAAGAAAUACUGGGCGAAAUUACAAAAGGAAAAGUGCGGGGGACUCAGGAUGAAGAGGGGAGUAAACAAGGAAACGAAUAAACCCUCUUUACUUGGUGGCAGGUACUCUUUAACACUUUUUUGUUUUCCUUUCAUCUUUACCUCCUAUUUGUAUGUAAAACAGUCUUUUGCUAUGUUUAAUCAACUUUAUAAACACACCCCUUCUGUGUAAUAAUUAUAAUGUAUACUUAGUGUAAUACAUUUUUAUAGGUUAAGAAUUGUAAAGAUAUACAAUAAACAGAAAUUGGGCAAC